UAGAAUACGAAGAGCCUACCCACCCUUCUCAAGCUCCCGUCCCUCUUUCGCUUCAUCAUCACUCUCAUUAUAUUCCUUGUUAUUUUAUUCAUAUUUUUCAAUAAUUUCCUUCAAUUCAAUCAAUUUGAAUACAAAGCCCUCCCAAUCCCCACUCAAAUUGAACCAGAUUGUAGGGUUUCUCUGUUACUGUGAAAACCCUAAGAAAAAAAGCUCCCAUUUUUGUCUCACUCCAUUGGUCAAGCUAAAGGUUGCACUUUGCUGAAGAUCCACCGGAGCCCACUUCUCUCAAGGGGAUGAGACCAUGAUAGACUGUAUGAAAAUCUGUCUCUUUGAGGAAAACAAACUUGUCAGGCUUGGGAAUUGAGAGAAUUCACUUGAGGUUGAUCUGAAACUAUUUCAAAGUUUGACAUGGAUAACGAGGUGAUUGAAUUUGAUAUUGGGUUGGGAGGAGGGGGAGGUCGAGACGGCGAUGAUGAUUUUGUAGACAUUGAGCACCCUGUCGAUGAUGAGGAAAUGGUUGAUAGUCCUCUUAUGAGCAGUGCCACUGGAAGUGCCAGUGGUAUUGUUGUUUUUGGUGGUGGAGGGAGUGGUGAAAUUUACCUUCCUGAGGGGGACCUCUUGGACCUUGAGCCUUAUGAAGGCAUGGAAUUUGAGUCCGAAGAGGCUGCCAAGGCCUUUUACAAUUCGUAUGCUCGGCGUGUUGGGUUUAGUACUCGUGUCAGCUCUUCGCGUCGUUCCAGGCGUGAUGGAGCAAUCAUACAGAGGCAAUUUGUUUGUGCUAAAGAGGGUUUCCGGAAUUUGAAUGAGAAGCGCACCAAGGAUAGGGAGAUCAAGCGCCCACGUACUAUCACCAGAGUAGGAUGCAAAGCAUCCUUGUCUGUAAAGAUGCAAGAUUCAGGGAAGUGGGUUGUGUCUGGUUUUGUUAAAGAGCAUAAUCAUGAGUUGGUUCCACCUGAUCAGGUGCAUUGUCUUCGUUCGCACAGGCAAAUAUCAGGCCCUGCUAAGACCUUGAUUGAUACCCUGCAGGCAGCUGGCAUGGGUCCCCGGAGGAUUAUGUCAGCACUGAUUAAGGAAUAUGGUGGAAUAAGCAAAGUCGGAUUUACAGAGGUGGACUGUAGAAAUUACAUGAGGAAUAAUCGCCAGAGAAGCUUAGAUGGGGACAUUCAGAUGCUUUUGGAUUACUUGAGACAAAUGCAAGCUGAUAACCAAAAUUUUUUCUAUGCUGUGCAGGGGGAUGAGGAUCAGUCCAUGGGCAAUGUCAUCUGGGCUGAUCCAAAGGCAAGGAUGAACUAUAGUUACUUUGGUGAUACUGUUACUUUUGACACUACCUACAGGUCAAACAGGUACCGUUUGCCCUUUGCACCUUUCACAGGGGUAAACCAUCACGGACAGCCUGUGUUAUUCGGUUGUGCCUUCCUGAUAAAUGAAUCUGAAGCAUCAUUUGUUUGGUUGUUUAAGACAUGGCUUAUGGCAAUGUCGGGCCGCCAUCCAGUGUCGAUUACCACUGAUCAUGAUGCUGUGAUACAGUCAGCCAUCAUGCAGGUUUUCCCACAGACCCGCCACCGUUUCUGCAAGUGGCACAUCUUCAAAAAAUGCCAGGAGAAGUUAUCCCAUGUUUUUCUUAAACAUCCAACUUUUGAAGCAGACUUUCACAAGUGUGUUAAUUUGACUGAGUCGAUAGAUGAAUUUGAGUCUUGCUGGUUGUCUCUUGUUGACAGAUAUGAUCUCAGGGAUCAUGAAUGGCUUCAAACAGUAUACUCUGCUCGCAGGCAAUGGGUCCCUGUCUAUCUGCGUGACACAUUUUUUGCAGAAAUGUCCAUAACUCAGAGAAGUGACAGCAUGAACUCAUAUUUUGAUGGAUAUGUGAAUGCUUCAACAAAUCUGAGCCAGUUCUUUAAGCUCUACGAGAAAGCUCUUGAGAGUCGCAACGAGAAGGAAGUGAAAGCAGAUUUUGAAACUAUGAACACUGCCCCAGUUUUGAAGACCCCAUCUCCAAUGGAAAAGCAAGCAUCUGAGCUUUAUACAAAAAAAAUAUUUAUGAGGUUCCAAGAGGAGCUAGUUGGGACACUAACUUUCACGGCAUCUAAAGGUGAUGAUGAUGGGGAGAUCAUCACAUAUCAAGUAGCAAAGUUUGGGGAGGACCAUAAAGCAUAUUAUGUUAAGCUUAAUGUUUUGGAGAUGAUGGCAACUUGCAGUUGCCAGAUGUUUGAGUUCUCGGGUCUUCUUUGCAGACAUGUAUUGGCAGUCUUUAGAGUGACCAAUGUGCUAACUCUCCCAUCCCAUUACAUAUUGAAACGAUGGACAAGAAAUGCCAAGAGCAGUGUCAUGUUAGAAGAACGUUCUAGUGAUGUAUAUACCAAUUAUCUAGAAUCUCAUACUGUUCGAUACAAUACCUUACGUCAUGAGGCCUUUAAAUUUGUAGAUGGAGCAAAGUCUUCAGAAACCUAUGACAUUGCACUGGAUGCUCUGAAAGAGGCUGCCAAAAAAGUAGCUCAUGCACCAAAGAAUGACGGGAAAACUAUGGUCAACGGGCAUGUCAGGGGCAACUUGGCUGGUGGAGCAAGUCGGAUACAUUAUGCUAGUGGGGAUCAUGAGGGGAAUUCGGGCCAACACUUGUCUGAGGAUGAUAUGGACAAAAAAAUUCGAGAACUUACGAAUGAGCUGCAGUGUGCAAAUCGAAAGUGUGAAGUUUAUCGGGCUAACCUGCUUUCGGUUUUGAAAGAUAUAGAGGAUCAUAAGUUACAGUUGUCAAUUAAAGUGCAAAACAUUAAGAUUGGCAUGAAAGAUGGCCUAUAAAGGUGCAAUACAGUCACACAUGUAUUUAUCUUUUAUUUUAGUUGCUUUUUAGUCAGUGUACUUUCACAAUGCUCUCUGGAAAGGUAUUUCUUCACUUAUGGGUGGUGUAGAAAUUUGAAAUAUGUGCGAGUUGGGUUGUGUUUCCAGUGUUUUCAAUUUUCGUAGAUGUAUAUUCAUGGUUGCUGGAUCCAAACUCUAUGCAGAUAGUUGGCCUUGUGUCUGAUAUAAUGAAAGGUAUUAUCUUAGUUUCCAUAUAAUAAGAUGAAUUGGAAUGAAAAGUAAACUCUCACUGAUGCGGGAAAUUUGCAGGGUCCAUGUUUUGGACCAUGGAUGGAUCUUGGUUGCGGAUUUGACUCGCCAGAGGCUUGAUAUCUCACGUGUAAAUUAUUUCUAGCCGAUUUGUCAUACUUCCUCCUUUUCUUUUCAUUAUUGGUUAUAUUAUUUUGAACCGCUUUAUGUUGUUUCUAACAUUGUAUGGGUCUCCUAGUGUGCAACGGUAACCUUGCAGGAGGAGAAACAUCAUUGUAUGAGUAGUUGAAAAUGAAGGCCAAUAUGAGAGCUGACUGCAAGGUUAAUCGGGGUAUGGAUGUGUUUGGCAAUUGAAAUUCUUUGGUAGUUAUUUUCUAAUCGUGUGUGUGAGGUAUAAUUUACUGGUUUUGUGUUCCCCUCGUGUGUAUCUUUCUGUUGAUCAAAGCUUUUCUGGAGCUCCCUGCUUACUUCCUAUUCUACGGAUUGUUAGCUACCACAUUUUUCUAGCACUGAGAGUAAUACACUGUGAAGUGUGACACCAAACACAGCCCAAACCGAGGUAAGACAUCCGAGUUCGGGAAAGGCUCUGUGUAUAGCUGAAAUGUUAUGUUCUUGUGAGCCUUUGUUGGAGUCAGUUUGUAAAUGUAACAUUGUUAUGCA